AUGGGUCUCAGCCUCACGCCCGACCUCUUGCGCCAUGCCAAUCUCGCGCUUGGCUGUCCCUCUAUGUCUUCUGACUUCAGCGGCACCAACAGAAACACCAACGAUGGACCUGCACGCACCCACAAACACAACCACCACUCCAGCAAAAGCAAGGCUCAAUCCUUUGGCAAUCUGCACAAGCUUCAACUCAACCUUGGUCAGAUCAUUCGGGCUGCAGAGCAUAUGGUCAACAAUCCUUUCUGCUGGACACACAAACAAUGCAUUUUCUCCCUUCACCAUCCACAAGCCCUCGAUCUCGCUCACAAUGCCCUGUUCUCGGCCGGCAUUGAAUCUGACACCCUCUACAUUGAGUACUCUCCCGACCGAGGCGAGAUGGUCCUGAAGACCUCUGAGUCCCCUAUCCAUUCUGAUUUCGGCGUCCGCUUUGAUAGGCUGCUCCGCGACGCAGUCAAAUCCAACAACAACGUCCCGUACAUUGUGAACAAGCCUGGCACUGUCAUCACGGUUAGCGAAGAGGCGCCAUCUGGUGGAGCGGGCGCGAUCGGUCAGCUCAGGCCCGAUGGAGGCUGGUCAAUCCACAACGACGAUGCCCACGGGCGCCUUGUUCUCGAGGUCGCCUACUCUCAACCACAAAAAGACGUCGCCAGGAAGUGCGAGGAGUACAUCUACGGAAGCCGCGGUCUUAUGCGCGCCGCCAUUGCCGUCAAGAUCUUCUACCCCCGAAGCACUCCCGACAAGUACACAGAUAUCCUCAACCACCUUGACGAGUGCUUUAUCGGCCUCUAG